GCCAGAAAAUUCAGAGAUUUCCCAGAGACCAUCCCAUUCAGAGACUCGCCUACAUACACGCAGAGUGAGCCACAGCGAGCAUCAGAGCCACCUGCCCACUGCUGUGUUCCAGGGCCAAGUCAGAGAAGGCAGCAGAGGACAGAGCCCUCCAACCCGGCCACAUUCCAAAGGAGGAAUUUUCUAGAAAGGUUUCCAUCUCUGCUCCGUCCCUCACCAACCGCGAGCUUUAAAAAGUCGCCGACCCUCUCUGCCCCCGUUUUCUCGCCUGUCACGUGGGGACCCGUAUAUAGGACGCUUCCCCCUAUCAGUAGCGCUGUUGCCGAAAUCAAGACAAACGUCAGAGGAGGCGCAGAGGGAGCGCGCAGAAUCCGAGAGACGCACGGGGAGCCCGGCGGGGACUCCGGCCCAGGUCUCCUGCUACCCCGUGGCCGGUCGGCCGAGAAGAAGAGGAAGCGGAACUUGCCCUUCCCGAUCCCCGGGCAGCGCCGGCCGGGUGCCGCCGGGAUUCCUUCGCAGCAGCUGCUGAGUCAGGACCCGCGGCGCCGAGGGCAGAGCGAGCAGACGCCUCCGGGAGCGGAGGGUGGAGGAGGAGGCGCGCCCCGCCAGGCUGCCCGCGGAGGAGCCCAGCAUGGCCGGAGCCACUCCUUCUGCUUGGGCACUGCUGCUGUUCCUGUUGUCGCUGUCCUGGGAGCGUCCCACGGGAGCCGAGACCCAGACCUCCGUGCUGGCCCCCGCCCAGGUGCUCGGCUUCCUAGGCAACAUCACGAAGCUCUCUUGCAAACUGCAGCCACUACAGCACGAAGUGACAGUGACGCAGGUGACCUGGACCCAGCAAAAGCUGUCGGAGGCCUCCCGCAGCGUGGCAGUCUUCCACCCCACCCGGGGCCCGAGCUUCCCUGAGCCUGGGAGGUGGGAGUUCGAGGCCGCCAGAGCCGGUGAGGAGGUGCAGGAUGCAUCGCUGAUCAUUUGGGAGCUGCGCGCAGAGGAUGAGGCCAACUACACCUGCCAGUUCGCCACAUUCCCCGACGGCGAUCGGAGCGCCCGAACCAGGCUCCGGGUGCUGGCCCAGCCCCAGAACAAGGUUGAGACCCAGGAGGUCCCGCUCAGCCCACUCAGCUUGGAGCCUGUGCCGGUGGCCCGCUGCGUCUCCACGGGGGGCCGCCCCCCAGCCCGCAUCUCCUGGUCCUCACACCUGGACUCGAAGGCCUAUAAGAGCCAGGUGCCGGGGCCCCGGCCUGGGACCUUCACCGUCAGCAGCUUUUUAACCUUGACGCCUUCGAGCCAGGUGGACGGCCAGAACGUCACCUGCAAAGUGGAGCACGAGAGCUUUGAGGAGCCCAUGGUGCUGCCUGUGACCCUGACCGUGCCCUACCCCCCAGAGGUCUCCAUCUCUGGCUACGAUGACAACUGGUACCUCGGCCGCAGUGAGGCCACACUGAACUGUGACAUUCGCAGCAAACCAGAGCCCACAGGGUAUAACUGGAGCACGACCAUGGGACCCUUGCCGCCCUCUGCUGUGGCCCAGGACACCCAGCUUCUGAUCCACACUGUGGACGAGUCUAUCAACACGACUUUUGUUUGCUCUGUCACCAACGCGCUAGGGACUGGCCAGGCAGAACUGACCGUCCUGGUCAGAGGACUUCCCAGGGAGAAGCCAUAUCCUAGCUCAUCCUCAAAAGUCACUAUCAUCUCAGUUGUGGUACUGCUACUGCUACUGCUACUGCUGGGGAUCCUGGCGUGUAUCUGGCGCUCCAGAAGGUCCCGUCGGAACCCACAAAGAUCCCCUGCUAAUGGCGAAGUCCACUAUUUACCUGCGAAUCAGAGGGACAGCUCUCCCUAGAAUACACUGACAGAAAGCACAAGGUGACAGCAUAUAGACUGAAUGGAGAGAGACCCUGAAGCUGGCAAGGAUGGGGAUCUUGCAGCUGGACUCCACCUUGAUGGAUGAAGUCUCCCUCCAAAGAGACUGGCCACUCUCAAGAAUGUCCCCUCUGCCUCAUAACACCAUGGUCAGUCGGGUACAAGUCCAGGGGUCCCCAAGACCACCCUCAGGUUGAAUUAUUCACUACAAGGACUCACAAAACUCAGGGAAGCUGUUACACUCACGGUUAUGGUCUACUACACUGAAAGCAUGAGAUUAAUGCAGAAAGGUGCCUGGGGCAAGGGUCCCCAGAGAGACCUGCCCAAGCUCUAGUUGUCCACUCCAGGGAGUCAUAUGGACAGCACUUCCUUCUCCAAGCACUGACAUGCGACAGCACACACAGAGUGUUGCCAAGCAGGAAAGCUCACCUGAGCCUUGGGUUCCAGAACUUUUAUUGGGGUUCCAUCAUGUUGACACGGGUGACCACCCAUGUAGCUGACCUUAGUCUCUAGCACCAACAGAGGUCAAGCCAGCAUUGUGCAGCCCAAGGCCCCCACCAUAAUCACUUCAUCUGUAUUGAUUAUCCAAUAUGGUCCACAGCCCUAGGUAAACAGAGACUCUACCAGCCAGGACAGUCCAAGGAACGACUUAGAUAUUACUUCCUAGGAGCCUGGGGCAAAGGGCCAGGUCUCUUUUUGAGCAAGGUUAAUCCUUUCCUGAAUAGUAGAGCUGCACAGAAUGUUGCAACUACCAGGGAGUUUUUGAAAGAAUCUUUGACCUCUGGCCUUGAAUCACAUUGAAUCUCUGUGGCUAUAAGAAAUAGCCACUGGCCCCUGUCACCAGAAGAGAGCCAGAGAGUAGAACUCAGCUGCCUGGGGCUGUUCAAGGAGAAGGAGCUACUCGUGGCCAUGAACUUGGAGGCUGUCAGUUCCAAGCACCUUCUGCCAAAACUCGGUCCCAGGAAAGCAUCUGUAGCCAGAGUCCUGGGGUUGACGAGACCCUGGUUACCCACCAAGGAAUGUAAGAAUUUGUUCCCAAAACAAGAGGUGCUGAGGAUGCAGAAAAUCCAUCUGUGCAGGACACACUCCCCUCUGAUCAGGAUGGAUGCAGCCCAAGACCCAGGAGGCAGAGCCACUCAGAUAUGACUGACAUAUUUACUUUAAAAUGGUCUCUGUGGAAUUCCCAUCAUGGAACAGUGGUUAACAAAUCUGACUAGGAACCAUGAGGCUGCAGGUUCAAUCCCUGGCCUUGGUCAGUGGGUUAAGGAUCUGGCGUUGCCAUGAACUGUGUUAUGGGUCACAGAUGCAGCUCAGAUCACUACUAGUCGUGAGGAGCAGACAUCACCAUGAAAGAUUUUAGUGCUUUUCUAGAUAAGAGGAGAUGCAAGAAUUGGGCUCAUAGAAUCUUCUGAAAAUAUCUAACUGUAUGAAGCCCUAUUCUGCCAGUUUUCCUGGGGCACAGAGGGCCUCACUCCUGAGCUCCACUCUGAGCUCCUUUCAGGGGGUGCUGGGCUGCAGAUGGCAAGUACCAGUCUCCACGUCACAAUUCCUUUUGUCAUGACAAAAACACCCUGGAAGUAGGAGUUCCCAUCGUGGCUCAGUGGAAAUGAAUCUGACUAGCAUCCAUGAGGACACAGGUUCGAUCCCAGGCCUCGCUCAGUGGGUUUAGAAGCCGGCAUUGCUGUGAGCUGUGGUAUAGGUCAAAGAUGUGGCUCAGAUCUGGUUGCUGUGGCUGUGGCGUAGACCAGUGGCUACAGCUACAAUUCGACCCCUAGCCUAGGAAUCUCCAAAUGCCUCAGGUGUGGCCCUAAAAAGACAAAAAAAAAAAAAAAAAAAAAAAAAAAAUCUGGAAAUAAAUAGCGGCGAUGGUUGCAUGACAUUGUGAAUGUACCAAAUGCCACUGAACUGUAGCUUUAAAACUGUCGAGGAGCUACUCCUGUAGCACAAUGGGAUCAGCGACAUCUUGGGAGUGCUGCAGCACAGGUUUGAUCCCUGGCCUGACACAGUGGGUUAAGGAUCUGGCAUUGCCGCAGCUGUGGCUUAGGUCCAUGCUGUGGCUCAGAUCUGAUCUCAGGCCCAGGAUCUCCAAAAAUAAAGGGGAAAAAAAAAGGUUGAUUUUAUGUGUGCUUUAUCAUGUAAAAAAUAAUUUUAAAAUUUUAUAGAAAAAAAUUUUUUUCAUUUCCCAGCUCUUACUGGCAAACGUCUUUAGAACCAAUCAAAUUCAUGGAGCAAAAGAUGGGUGACUUAUUAAAGAAAAAAAUAAUGUCCUAACUGUUAA